GUGUUCUGUGGGGGCUCAUCCGUCCUUGCCAGAGGAUGCGCGCCUCGGUUUUGGGGAGGGAAAAAAAAAACCACCAAAAACAACCAACAAAAAAACCCAAAAUUAGCCCCUUUGCGUUUGUGGUCUCGCGCAGCAUGGGAGAAACAAACUCUUUCCUUUCUCCAGGAGCAGAGGGGUGGUGGUGCCGAUUUUAGGAGCUCUCUAAACACAGGCGCAGGGUCCAGUUUAGAAAGGGGACAGCGUUUAUUCCAUGCAAGGCUUGAAAGUGUACAAGGGCCAAACAUCAAAGAACAUCCUUAAGAACAUUUGUAGGUGUUCCACAUUUUGCAGCAAUCAGGCAGGACCCUGUUUCAUAACCCUCUUCUCAUACCCUGUGUCUUUUUUGAUCCCGGAAUGUGGCGUGCUACCUGAAGUGCUGAAAAGCACAAUUGCAGAUAUUGGAGAGUACUACCUGGUGAGGAAUUUACCCGUUCAUGAAUUGGUCGCUCAUGAAUUCAUUGAUGCUUUCGUGAAGAAAGGUUCAUGCUACGCACUUACCUAUAAGACAAAAAUUGAUCAAGAUAAUACUGCAGCUCUGCUACCAAAUGGUAAACUGAUUCUGUCAGUGGAUAAGGAUACUUAUGAGGAACUUGGACUGCAAGGUCGCCCUUCUCGGUAUUCAGGCAAAAAAGUAAUGCGAUAUAUUAUCACUAUUGAUUUGACUGAUGCUGGCUUUCACCCUGAGAGCAAGAAACAUAACAGAGUGCUUUGGGCCUUGAAAGAAAAGAAACCUUUAGAAUUUGACUUUCUACUGGCUUGGUAUAAUACAGGUGCAGAGGGAUCAACAUUGAUGUCAUACUUUUCAAAAAACCAAAUACAGGCCCUGAAGCCAAAAAUAACAUUCAGCACCUUAAGGGACUUGCAGUGUCCAGUGCUACAAAGUAAUGAUCUGCAAGGAAAACCGGAGGAGUCCUGCAGUACAGAGGAGCUCUUUGAAUGGCUGGGUGCUGUCUUGAAUCAAGUUAGCUUAGACAACAAAUCCUCCAGCUUCUUAUCAACCUAUUGCUGCCCUGAGCCCAACACAGUGGUGGAAAAAGCUUUUUUGUGCACAAUCACAGGCUUUAUAAUUCCUGAGAAGAUUAUUCAGUUACUGGAGCAGCUGUGUUGCUAUUUUGGUGAACCAAAACUGGCAUAUUGGCUGACCUUAACUGUGCAUGGCUUUGCAGACAGCCCUGUUUCCUGGAGAGAAAGUGAACAUGGUUUCCACAAAGGAGGAGAGAACUUGUACAACUUUGUCAUUUUUAGAAAUCUGGACUACUGGCUUCAGAUGGCUGUAGGAGCUCAUGAUGAUUGUCCUCCAUAAAGCUGUGUCCACAGAAGAAGUUCUCUAGUUAUUCUAUGUUACUGACAGAAAAUUAAUAAAAUAUUUUUAUACAAGUAGUUAUGUAACAGAUUUAA